AUGCACUUCCAAAUCCACAACCUGACCAGCGAGAGCAUUGCCUGCAUACAUGACAAGCAGCGGAGCGAGAAGCCGUUGGUGCUGCCUGCCCAAGCGCGUCGAGAAACGGACUCAGCGCUCUUCGGCCGUUCCAAGCUUCUGCUUGCGCCUUACGAUGAAACAGGCGAUUUAUCGACCAUGAAUUGGGGCAUUGACCCAGAGACGUUUGUCUUGCAUAUGAGCAUGGCGCUCAGCGCGUCGUGGCAACCUCUGAGAGUCACAGAGAAUUGCCCGUGGCGCGUGUACUGCUCGAAGGUCUCGAGCAAGCUGAAGCGUAUACUCAUAUUCCCGCGCCGUGACUUAGCCAAGUUCCUUGCUGAGAUGCCGGACGAAGCUCGGUUGUCUUCCUUGACGUUGCCAGGCACGCAUGAUUCGAUGGCAUUCUACGGAUGGCCUGUCUCACAAUGCCAGUCCCUUUCCACACCACUGAAGGUCCAGCUCGAAUCCGGUAUUAGAGUGAUAGAUGUCCGGCUGGCAAUAGUAGACGGACGUUUGAUUUCCUACCACGGCAUCUACCCACAGAAGACACCCUUCCAGGACAUACUCACAACAAUACACAGUUUCUUCGCCACCUCUCCCAAGGAAACCAUCGUCAUGUCUAUCAAGCAAGAGGAUUACGCACAUACGCCAGCUCCGGAGUUCUCUGCCUUGGUGCACAAAGAGAUAUUCGAUGGCCCUGGAGGCAAGGAGAUGUGGUUCUUUGAGAAUCGGGUGCCGAAGUUGGGCGAAGUGCGAGGGAAAGUAGUUUUACUGAGUCGCUUCGGUGGGAAUGGCGAUGGAUGGGAGAAUGGACUAGAAGGACUGGGGAUCCAUCCAACUACUUGGCCAGACAGCGACAAAUCUGGGUUUACGUGGAACUGCAAGGACACGCUCGUUCGUACGCAUGACUGGUACAACAUCCCGUCAUUCCUCGCGAUACCCGAGAAGGUUACAUUGUCCACUCAAGUUCUACUUCCUCCCGCCAACAAUCCUCCUAUGCCCGUCCUCAACGUCACUUACCUCUCCGCGGCCUCUUUCCCUCUUGCGUUCCCCCCAACUGUCGCCCUUGGCUUUGGGUGGCCCAAAUGGGGCCUUGGUGUGGAAGGCGUGAACAGCCGCGUUGGUAAGUGGUUGCUAGAUCAACUUGGCGGGCAGGUCGUCGAAGUCGAUACUCUUCAUGAGAAGGGGAAACCUCAAGUCGACGGGCAGCUCGAUGAACCACGCAUUCGAGGGUGGGUGUUCAUGGAUUAUUACUCAGAACCGGAGCAUGCAGUCGUGCCGUUGCUGGUGGAGUGUAAUUACAGAGGACGGCGCGAGGGUGAGGAGGGUUGGUAG